UCGUACUAUGCAGCACAAAGCCGAUACUGAAGAAGAAACUUAAUUGAUUCAUGGGCAAAUCUAAUGUCACCGUAACUGUAGCGAAACAGUCAUGCUUCCGCAUUUUGACAGUUUUUUACCUAUUUGGCUAGCCUUUCAGAUCAAUAGUGUGCUGCCUCUCACUCUUGUCAUACUUCCUUGUUCCUAUGUUAUUUCUAAAUCCGAUAAGAAGCGUGUAGCCUAACUAAACAGUCUUUUUCAACAGCAACAAAAAAACAUGCAGGGUGGUGACGGUGACCAAACGCCUGUAGCACGUAAAGAGGCUUUCGACGAUUACCUAAAUUACUAUGAUCAGAUUUGGAGUAAGGGUAACCUAAAACUAUGCCAAGAGAAACAGGUUACCGGGGAAGCUAGACGAUUUUUGCUGUUAGAAACAGACCCCGGAGAAAGAUUUUCUAAUUUUGACUUCUACCUUACUGCAUCCGAAUGCGUAAUACAAGGCUUUAAAGAUUGUCGAACAUUCUUCAGUGCGCUCAUUAAAGCCACAGAGGUGUUGGAGAUGUUCUGUGUAAAUCUGUUUCUUUACCCAUGGAAGAAGGAAAUCAAGAUUGUCAAGACUUUCACUGGCCCCUUUGUCUACUGCAUCCAGCCGGUCCUGACAAAGAGUGCCACGAAAAGUAUCCUUGAAACAAUAGGAUAUCAUCUGGAAACUGACACAGAGUACCGACUCACAAACAAUGCAGACCCUGAAACAGCCAUGAAAAUGGGUUUUGAGCUUUUCCUGGCGCGAACAGAGUGUGAGUACCUGUUGGAGCUCAUGGGUCAGCGGUCACAGCCUGAGUGUCUGGAGAUUCUACAGAGGAGAGCUGCACAACUACCUCACACCAAGAGGGCUGCCGAGGAGACAGCAAAAGAGUCUGAAACAGAGCCCUUACAAAUGCAGAAAGAAGAGGAGAAUGAGGAUAAGGGUCUAUCAAAUGGUUGUUCCCUGGUAGACCCAGGACUAGUGGAGACAGAUGAGGGAGACUUAACCGAGGAGAACCCUGUCACCACUAGCACACCAGGCAGGCAACAGGAUGAUGGACAGAUACCCCUCAACCUGGAGGUUCAGUCCAUUGAGACGACACACUCUCCAGGAAUCAGACCACCCAGGGCAUUCUUGAACGAUGACAGGUCUAUCCUGGAGAUUCAGCAGAAUUACCCAGACCUUGCCAUAAGGCAGAAGCCAAUAUUCAGUAAGCCACUGGGUGGACCUCCUGUAUCGCGGAGGCGACUUAUCAAAGAGAACACACCCGAGGAAGGUAGCAGUGCAGCCAAUUUAGCUGGCAGUGAUGUAAGUGGUCCCCAGUCCAUCUCCAUGCACACCACAGCAGCAUCAAAACCCCAUCUCACAGAAGCAGUCCCAAAAUUCCAGCCUCCAGAAGAUAAGGCCUACAAGACUACUGCCACGUUCCACGGACCAACUCCUCCACAGGUAGAAGUGACCAAAGAGGGUCAGGAGGACGAUGAUGCAGAUGAGCUGACCAAGCUGGCUGAGAGGAUUGGCCAACUGCAUGUCCAUGAUUACAAGAUGGAAGAGCACAAGGUGGAGGAGAACCUGAAAUACCCUGUAGAAGAGACAGCACCACCACAUGCCAGUUGCAAUGACCAUGAUGGGUCCCCUCACCAGGAUUCUGCAGGGGACCAGAGCCAGCCCCUAAUGUGCCAUCCCUCUCUGGUGCCGGUUUGUAACAUCCCAGGCUGUAGCACCUGUGAAGUAGCAGACGGUCCCCACAAACACAUUCUUAGUAGGGACACCAUCAAAGAGCCACCUCACUCCAUCUAUGUCCCAACCAGCCACCUGGACCCCUCAGUGUUGGACCCUACUGCUGCUGACCACCAGCCCUCCACAGGCCCUCAGCACCAGGACAUGGAGGGCCCCAUCCCUCAGCCCACAGAGGACGAGCUGCUUCAGACCUAUGUCAUGGUGGACGAGCCUUAGAGGAAGUAAGGUCAUGAUUGAAUGUUGGUGCUCCUGGACCAUCAGAACACACAGAGGGAAAUUGAUUGACAGGUCUGAAACAUCACUUGCCACUAAGUUGUUUUGGUCUGGGGCAAUUCAAUCAGUUGAGGCUGCUGAGGGGAGAAUGGCUCAUAAAUGUCUGGAAUUGAGUAAAUGGAAUGGCAUCAAACCAUGUUUGAUGUAUUCGAUACCAUUCCACUCUUCUGCUCCAGCCAUUACCACAAGCCCGUCCUCCCCAAUUAAUGUGCAACCAACCUGUGGAUUCAAUGUAUGAAGGUGACAAGAAGAAUGACCUCGUUGAAUUUAAUGCAUCUUCUGUAUUUUCUGGCAUUUGCUAUGUACUGUUUCUCAGGUGAUAGACUUUUAAUACAAUGUUAAUUAUGCUUGACCUAAUUUAUGAGGUGGAGGUAAUGUUUCCACUGUGUCCUCUUACAGUGACAGUGCCUUACUGAAAUGUAUUCUAUGCCAAUCCUGCACUUACUUUCCUUGCUCAUUGUCAUUGAGACUACUGAAUGCUUUGUAAUGUUUAUGAAAAAUGUAAGUCCAAAUGUAUUCAGAAUGUUAUGACCUUUUUUAACUCAUAAAAAUGUGAAAAACUUU